GAGAGGAGCUGCUUCUGGCAUUGACCUCCUAGGCCAACUCUCACCUCGGAUGGCUCCUUCUCCCUAUACCUAAACUGCUUCUUCCUAGUGGGACAAAGAAAUGUGUGUUGAAGGGUUUAACAUGAAAUGCAUACUCUAUGCUAGGCUAUCAACUUUACGGUAAAAUAUCCGACCUUGGCAAACACUGCUGGUUUACAAAGAGUUCAUUCAGCAGCUUCCUGACAGCCCGUCUGAGGCAUACAGCCAUUGGGUUCACGACGUGACCCCAGCAGCCUGGAUGCCUUUCUGGGCCAUCUCGCCCCCUCAGCCUGCUGCCAAGACCCCCAGAAAUGGAAGGUUGCACCCUGAGAAAGACGUGACAGGGUUUGCUGGGGAAGUGUUGGGAGAUGAAGGAGGGAGUGAAGAAAAAGAAAUAAAAGAAGAUGAGGGAGCAUAUCUGGUGCAGGCCGUGAGAGCAGCGGGCAAGUGCGAUGCCGUCUUUAAGGGCUUUUCAGACUGUUUGCUCAAACUGGGUGACAGUAUGGCCAACUACCCGCAGGGCCUGGAUGACAAGACAAACAUCAAGACCGUGUGCACAUACUGGGAGGAUUUCCACAGCUGCACGGUCACGGCCCUCACGGAUUGCCAGGAAGGGGCGAAAGAUAUGUGGGAUAAACUGAGGAAGGAAUCUAAAAACCUCAACAUCCAAGGCAGCUUAUUCGAACUCUGCGGCGGCGGCAACGGGGCGGCGGGGCCCGUGCUCCCGGCGCUGCCGCUGCUCCUGGCGGCCCUCUGCGCGGCGUUGGCGACCUGGCUGUCCUUCUGAGCGCGGGCCCGGUCCCCGCGCCCACCCGCACUCACUCCAUGCUCCCGGAAACCGAGAGGAAGAUCCAUCCGUUCUUUGGGGACGUUGUGAUUCUCUGUGAUGCUGAAAACACUCAUAUGGGAUUGUGGGAAAUCCUGAUUCUCCUUUUCUUUUUUCUCCCCUUCCAAUUUCGUUUGAUUCCUUGUAUUUUAUUUGCCAAAUGUUACCGACCAGUGAGCGAGAGCGCACAGCCCAAAUCGGACCUCAGCUUUAGUCCGUCUUCAUAGAAAAAUAAGAAAACGGCAAACUCACCCCCAUUUUUAAAAAAGAAAAAAAGAUAUUUUUAUUUUUUGGCAAAAGAAUCUCAGGAACGGCCCUGGGCCACCUACUAUAUUAAUCAUGUUGAUAACAUGACAAAUGAUGGCUCCUUCUCAUAGGAAAGCGAGGAGAGGAGAAGGCCAGGGAAACGAAUCCAAGAGCGGUGUCCACGGGGAAGCAUAUGGCGAAUUAUCACGCUCACGCCGUUCGUCCACAGUACCUUGUUUUGAUCAUGUCCACUGCCCAUUUCUCCUCCAGAAAAGCGAAAGCACAGGCUGCGGGCUCUGCGUUCUAAGGAUGGGAGGGAGAGAGGGAGGGGUGGGGGCGACUGGCGCGGAGGCGAAGGCCGAGGCCGCGGGGAGAAACGCUGCUACGGCCCCUGAAGGUCGGCUUCACCUGCUACUGUUGACGCGUCUUUCCAGUCCACUGCCUUUGUCACCCUCCUCUCUCUUGUUUUAGCUGUCACACACUCGGUCAUACCCGAAUAUCCAGCGGUAUAGAUCACAAGGGCGGGGGGUUAAAUGUUAAUCUAAAAAUAGUUUAAAAGAUUUUGACAUAAAAAAGAGCCUUGAUUUUAAAAAAAGAGAGAGAGAUGUAAUUUAAAAAGUUUAUUAUAAAUUAAAUUCAGCAAAAAAAUUUGCUACAAAGUAUA